GACCACGGAAAGCUUACAAAGUUAUAUCUUUUCUGGGGAAGUAGCUCCACGGAAGGAUGGGUGAGAGAGGCUGGCGAGGCCAGCUUCCAGGCACAGGGAGGCUCCCGGCCCCGGUGUCCCUGUGCCUCCUUGACUGCGCUGCUCACCGUGCUGGAGUUGGUGAUCUGCUUCUUCUCCAUCUGGUCCAUCCUGGGCCUCUCAGGGUUUCACACUUACCUCGUCGCCUCCAACCUGACAACUAAUGAAGACAUCAAAGGCUCGUGGUCCAACAAGAGGGGCGGCGAGGCCUCUGUCAAUCCCUACAGCCAUAAAAGUGUUAUCACUAACUGCUGUGCUGUGCUCUGCGGCCCCCUACCUCCCAGCCUGAUUGACCGGAGGGGAUUUGUGCAGUCUGACACCGUGUUGCCCUCGCCCAUCAGAAGCGAUGAGCCAGCCUGCAGAGCCAAGCCUGAUGCCAGCAUGGUUCCCACGGUCUUGGGCGCUAAAUUCCCCCAGCUGAUCAGUGGCAGCAGUGACAGGAGAGAGAGGCCAGCGCUCCUGAGGCCGCCCAGGGGACCACGCCAAGCCUCUGCCGUGCCUCUGAGCCGUGCCCCGUGUGAGUGAGGGUGCGGACUGAGUGUGAUGCCUCCGAGGUGGGAGAGCUGCUGGGCCCUGCUGGGCCGGGGUCCAAGGGGUGAAGCAGGACCUAGGAGCAGUCAGCUCUGGACAGCAGGCUGUCGGAGAGGAUGCUUCUGUGGUCUGCUUUGGUCUGUGGUCUUCUUCAUUCUUUUUGUGAUAGCCAUUGUUCUUUCUUCCAUUUUUGUUUUCGUAUGGAGUUGGCCAGUAGACUAGAGCUGGGGCUCCAGGUAGAGAGGGCAGAGUUGGGGGUGGCAGGGGCAGCCUGUGUCAGAGGAAGCCAGACCGGCCAGCCAGGCACCCGAGACCUCAGCUCCUGCAUGAUUCCUGGGCAGCACACUAGGAAGCGGGGGCCUCGCCCUCUCUCUCUGCCCACGGACGGUUCUCCAGGGGCCCAGCCUGGCCCCCCACCUUUCUCCCAAGUCAGGUCUGGGGAUGGGCAGGUUAUACUCAUGCUGGCAAUACUUGAAAUGGGUUUAUUAAUUCUGGGUAUUUUGCACAAUUUUAUGGACCUCUUUUCUACAUAGCCUUUUUUAAAUGGAAGAAAAAAAAAGAAGUCAGCCACAUUGCUAUCUGUGUAGUGCCAGGUUAAGGGUUAUCAGAAGGCAACUUGGUUUUAAUAAAUUUAUUACAAGAGACCUUCUGGCCGUGAGUGAGUGUGUGUGUGUGUGUGUGUGUGUGUGUGUGUGUGUAUGUCUGUGUGCACUCGCGUGCCCGUGUAUGAAUGUGGCUGCCUCGCUCCCCACUGUCCCCCUUGGGUGUCAGCCGGUGGUGGCAGCAGCGGGAACAGCCCGAACCACACCACGGGGACAGGGAGUGUGUGCAUUGGUCACAGGAGACCCCUGAGCUCCUGCGGCAGCGCAGCCUCAUCUUCCUAUCCUUCCCUCCUCCAAGGACUUCAGACAAACAGUGGCUGGGACUCAGCUGCCCAGCCCCCAGGUCAGGCUUCCAGCUGGGACCUACCCAGACAGGCUGGGGCCUGGUCAGGUGGGUGGGGUAAUGGCCGUGGGGAGUGGCUGCCAUCCUGCACGCCACGCUCCCUCCUCCAGGGUCUGAGUAUGGGACCCAGUGCCAGGGGCCAGGGCAUGGGGAGUCGGCCAGCUGGAGGCCCCCCUCCAGAGCAAGGGAAGGAACAGGGUGGGCCGAGAGACGAGUGAAGGUUGGCCUAAAUCUGGGUCAGAAACUUAGAGGACGUCCCUCCUCUCCUGGGAGUUUUAGUUUCUUGUCAAAAUAGAUAGAAAUUGUCCCUCUGUCUCCUUCCUUGGCCCUUUAAGUGGGCUGAAGCCCUUGGAAAGUGACAUAGGAAGUCCUCGCAUCUUGUCCUCCCCUUGCUGCAGAGGCUAGUGGGUCACAGGCAGCUGGGAAGUGGCAGCCGCAAGGGGUUCCCUCUGGGAGAAGCAGCUUUGCCCCAGCCUCAGGACCCUGGGCCAUGCUGCUGUGGCAGUGGGGGUGGGGAGGAAGCUGGCUAGAGGAGGGGACUCCUACCUGCCUUUUAUUUAAGCCAGUAUUCUUUGUUCCUGCUUGUAAUAAAAUUUUUGUUUUUAAGAAUUGAUUUGCUUUGGUUUGGUUUUUGUUUGCUCUUUCUUUGCUGAGGCCCCAACUGGCAGCUCUCUAUUCUUCCAGCCAAACUUGGUCUUUCCUGGGGAGACAGAAAGAAGGCAGGCAGCCCAGUGAUCUGGCUAACGUUCUCCUCCCCUGGCUGGAGUCUGUCUGCUGGAGGCUGAGCAGAGGGGGCUGCAGCUA